GGGCUGCGGCCCUGCUCCGCGGGGCGAGCUCGCCCUCUCGCGGCUCCCCGGCCCGACCACCGCCACCCCUCUCCCCGCCCAGAGGCGCCCCGGGGGCACCAUGCAGGCGCAGCAGCUGCCGUACGAGUUUUUCAGCGAGGAGAACGCGCCCAAGUGGCGGGGGCUGCUGGUUCCUGCGCUGAAAAAGGUUCAGGGGCAAGUUCAUCCUACUCUUGAGUCUAGUGAUGAUGCUCUUCAGUAUGUUGAAGAAUUAAUUUUGCAAUUAUUAAAUAUGCUGUGCCAAGCUCAGCCCCGAAGUGCUUCAGAUGUAGAGGAACGAGUUCAAAAAAGUUUCCCUCAUCCAAUUGAUAAGUGGGCAAUAGCUGAUGCCCAGUCGGCUAUUGAAAAGAGGAAGCGAAGAAACCCUUUAUCUCUCCCAGUAGAAAAAAUUCAUCCUUUGUUAAAGGAGGUCCUAGGUUAUAAAAUUGACCACCAGGUUUCUGUUUACAUAGUAGCAGUAUUAGAAUACAUUUCUGCAGACAUUUUAAAGCUGGUGGGGAAUUAUGUGCGAAAUAUACGGCACUAUGAAAUUACAAAACAAGAUAUUAAAGUGGCAAUGUGUGCUGAUAAGGUAUUGAUGGAUAUGUUUCAUCAAGAUGUAGAAGAUAUAAAUAUAUUGUCUUUAACUGAUGAAGAGCCUUCCACCUCAGGAGAGCAAACUUAUUAUGAUUUGGUAAAAGCAUUUAUGGCAGAAAUUCGACAAUACAUAAGGGAACUAAAUUUAAUUAUAAAAGUUUUUAGAGAACCCUUUGUCUCCAACUCAAAAUUGUUUUCAGCUAAUGAUGUAGAAAAUAUAUUUAGUCGUAUAGUAGAUAUACAUGAACUUAGUGUAAAGUUACUGGGCCAUAUAGAAGAUACUGUAGAAAUGACAGAUGAAGGUAGUCCCCACCCAUUAGUAGGAAGCUGCUUUGAAGACUUAGCAGAGGAACUGGCAUUUGACCCAUAUGAAUCAUAUGCUCGAGAUAUUUUACGACCUGGUUUUCAUGAUCAUUUCCUUAGUCAGUUAUCAAAGCCUGGAGCGGCACUUUAUUUACAGUCAAUAGGCGAAGGUUUCAAAGAAGCUGUUCAGUAUGUUUUACCCCGGCUGCUUCUAGCUCCUGUUUACCACUGUCUACAUUACUUCGAACUUUUGAAGCAGUUAGAAGAGAAGAGUGAAGAUCAAGAAGACAAGGAAUGUUUGAAACAAGCAAUAACAGCUUUGCUUAAUGUUCAGAGUGGUAUGGAAAAAAUAUGUUCUAAAAGUCUUGCAAAACGAAGACUGAGUGAAUCUGCAUGUCGGUUUUAUAGUCAACAAAUGAAGGGGAAACAACUAGCAAUCAAGAAAAUGAACGAGAUUCAGAAGAAUAUUGAUGGUUGGGAGGGAAAAGACAUUGGACAGUGUUGCAAUGAGUUUAUAAUGGAAGGAACUCUUACACGUGUAGGAGCCAAACAUGAGAGACACAUAUUUCUCUUUGAUGGCUUAAUGAUUUGCUGUAAAUCAAAUCAUGGGCAGCCAAGACUUCCUGGUGCUAGCAAUGCAGAAUAUCGUCUUAAAGAAAAGUUUUUUAUGAGAAAGGUACAAAUUAAUGACAAAGAUGACACCAGUGAGUACAAGCAUGCUUUUGAAAUAAUUUUAAAAGAUGAAAAUAGUGUAAUAUUUUCUGCCAAGUCAGCUGAAGAGAAAAACAAUUGGAUGGCAGCGUUGAUAUCUUUACAGUACCGGAGUACACUGGAAAGGAUGCUUGAUGUGACAAUGCUACAGGAAGAAAAGGAGGAGCAGAUGAGGCUUCCUAGUGCUGAUGUUUAUAGAUUUGCAGAGCCUGACUCUGAAGAAAAUAUCAUAUUUGAAGAAAACAUGCAGCCCAAAGCUGGAAUUCCAAUUAUCAAAGCAGGAACUGUUAUUAAACUUAUAGAGAGGCUCACAUACCAUAUGUACGCAGAUCCCAAUUUUGUUCGGACAUUUCUUACAACAUACAGAUCCUUUUGUAAACCUCAAGAACUACUGAGUCUUAUAAUAGAAAGGUUUGAAAUUCCAGAGCCUGAGCCAACAGAAGCUGAUCGCAUAGCUAUAGAAAAUGGAGAUCAGCCCUUGAGUGCAGAACUAAAAAGGUUUAGAAAAGAAUAUAUACAGCCCGUACAACUGCGAGUAUUAAAUGUAUGUCGGCACUGGGUAGAGCACCACUUCUAUGAUUUUGAAAGAGAUGCAGAUCUUUUGCAGCGAAUGGAGGAAUUUAUUGGAACAGUAAGGGGUAAAGCAAUGAAGAAAUGGGUUGAAUCAAUCACUAAAAUAAUUCAAAGGAAAAAAAUUGCAAGAGACAAUGGACCAGGUCAUAAUAUUACAUUUCAGAGUUCACCUCCCACAGUUGAGUGGCAUAUAAGCAGACCUGGGCACAUAGAGUCUUUUGACCUGCUCACCUUACACCCAAUAGAAAUUGCUCGACAACUCACUUUACUUGAAUCAGAUCUGUAUCGAGCUGUGCAGCCAUCAGAAUUAGUUGGAAGUGUGUGGACAAAAGAAGACAAAGAAAUUAAUUCUCCUAAUCUUCUGAAAAUGAUCCGGCAUACCACUAAUCUCACUCUGUGGUUUGAGAAAUGUAUUGUAGAAACUGAAAACUUAGAAGAAAGGGUAGCUGUGGUGAGUCGAAUAAUUGAGAUUCUGCAAGUCUUUCAAGAGCUGAACAAUUUCAAUGGUGUACUUGAGGUUGUCAGUGCUAUGAACUCAUCACCUGUUUACAGACUAGACCACACCUUCGAGCAAAUACCAAGUCGCCAAAAGAAAAUUUUAGAAGAAGCUCAUGAACUAAGUGAAGAUCACUAUAAGAAAUAUUUGGCAAAACUCAGGUCUAUUAAUCCACCAUGUGUGCCUUUCUUUGGAAUUUAUCUAACUAAUAUCUUGAAAACAGAAGAAGGCAACCCUGAGGUCCUAAAAAGGCAUGGAAAAGAGCUUAUAAACUUUAGCAAAAGGAGGAAAGUGGCAGAAAUAACAGGCGAGAUCCAGCAGUACCAAAAUCAGCCUUAUUGUUUACGAGUAGAAUCAGAUAUCAAAAGGUUCUUUGAAAACUUGAAUCCAAUGGGAAGUAGCAUGGAAAAAGAAUUUACAGAUUAUCUUUUCAACAAAUCCCUAGAAAUAGAACCACGAAACCCUAAACCUCUCCCAAGAUUUCCAAAAAAAUACAACUAUCCCCUAAAAUCUCCUGGCGUUCGUCCAUCAAACCCAAGACCAGGUACCAUGAGACAUCCCACACCUCUGCAGCAGGAGCCAAGGAAAAUUAGUUAUAGUAGGAUCCCUGAAAGUGAAACAGAAAGUACAGCAUCUGCACCAAAUUCUCCAAGAACACCGUUAACACCUCCUCCUGCUUCUGGUGCUUCUAGUACCACAGAUGUUUGCAGCGUAUUUGAUUCUGAUCAUUCAAGCCCUUUUCACUCAAGCAGCGAUACCGUCUUUAUCCAAGUUACACUGCCCCAUGGCCCAAGAUCUGCUUCAGUAUCAUCUAUAAGCUUAACCAAGAGCACUGAUGAAGUGCCUGUCCCCCCUCCUGUUCCUCCACGAAGACGACCAGAAUCUGCCCCAGCGGAAUCUUCGCCAUCUAAGAUUAUGUCUAAGCAUUUGGACAGCCCCCCAGCAAUUCCUCCUAGGCAACCCACAUCAAAAGCCUAUUCACCACGAUAUUCCAUAUCAGACCGGACCUCUAUAUCAGACCCUCCUGAAAGCCCUCCCUUACUACCACCACGAGAACCUGUGAGGACACCUGAUGUUUUCUCAAGCUCACCACUACAUCUCCAACCUCCCCCUUUGGGCAAAAAAAGUGACCAUAGUAAUGCCUUCUUCCCAAAUAGCCCUUCCCCCUUUACACCACCUCCUCCUCAAACACCUUCUCCUCACGGCACCAGAAGGCAUCUACCAUCACCACCAUUGACACAGGAAGUAGACCUUCAUUCCAUUGCUGGGCCACCUGUUCCUCCACGACAAAGCACUUCUCAACAUAUCCCCAAACUCCCUCCAAAAACUUACAAAAGGGAGCACACACACCCAUCCAUGCACAGAGAUGGACCACCACUGUUGGAGAACGCCCAUUCUUCCUGAACUCCUCUGUACCGGGAUGUCCAUUUUCUUCACCCCAAAUCCAUUGCUGGCAAUGGAUGCACUGAAUGUGCCAGCACUGAGGAGUUAAAAAUGAGAGCUCCAAACACUAAUGACUCUACUUCAAGAUGCAGUAUAAGACAAUGAACUUAACCGAGACAAAAUUAUAAAAUGAAAAUGGUGUUUGUUUAGAAUAUGGAAAGACUGAUCUAGAGGAAGUGGACAACUGAUUGCACCUGAAAAUCAAGUAAAGGGACUUUUUCCAGCCAGUAGGCAGGAGUCCUCUUUUUGUGAAGUGAUCUUUCUCAUUAAAGGGAUGGAAAACACAGUCUAGUGUCCAACAGGCCCACAUGAUGACAGUUUUUGUAAUUCAAAAUAUUAUGCACUUUUUAAAAAAUCUUAAACAGGGAUCUUCAAACCCUCCUUUGUUUUCCUUUGCUUUUACUCGUCCUACUUUAGAAUAUUUUCUUAAAAAUCAUUCAGAGGACUGUGAGGAAAGGCUGUGGUACCUGACUUGUUGGAAUCAAGGCCCAGCACUGUACUACAGUCCUGUUUACAGAUAAUUACAGUGAAAUGAAUGGGUACCGAGGCUUCACCAAAGAGGUACUUUUUUUUUUUUUAAGAGUAAUUAUACCAAUUUUAAGAGCAUUUCCCUACUCACCUUCCCUACACAAACAAAACGUGGUGGUGUUGCCUUCAAACAAGAGAAGUUUUAUGUCAUUAAUACUGACAGAAGAACUUUUUAAAAAAUGUAACUGUCGAGUAUAUGAUUUACACUUAGGAGACUGUUAAUCUGUGCUAGAUUGUCAUUUUCCCCCCUUCUCCCACAAAGUUUACUGGUAAUCCAUGUCAUGGCUUGUAGCUGUCCCUCUAACCACUCUGGAAAUGCAGUCACCCAGUGUGAAAGGAGCACUUGCUGGGCAUCAUUGACACCGUUCAUGUUUUACUAAUAGUUGAGUGAUGAGCAUAUCGAGAAUUACCUUGCAUUGCCUAAAUCAUGUGUAUAUAGUGAAUGUUAUAUAAUAUACCUGGCAGGUCUGUUUUAAUUUAAUUGAAUAAAGAUACAAAUACUUUGUUUGGCUGGCAUAUAUUAAAUUAUUAUCUGGAUAAAAUGGUUGAUUCUUAUUUCUUUCAGUUCAAACACACAAACACUAAGCAUAAAAGCACGUAUUGUGGUACGCCUUGGUUUCUAGUUCUAGAUGUAUGUAUUCAUCUUAAAGAAUGACAUUUGGCAUGUAGGAAAAUAUUUGGUUAGAAUAGGAUGGAUAUCUUUUAAGCAGAGCUUUGUAAGGUUUUUAAUUUCCUAGGCAACAUGUAUACAGUUUGUUAAAGUUUUAUAUUAAACAUUCUACCUUGCUUGAGGUCUUUGCUCUAUCAGAACUGCUCAUAAUAGAACAUCUAUCUACAUCAUUAAUAACAUAAUACAGAUUAUUCAUUAAGCCUAUGUACUGAUCUUCUGAGUCUAACAAAUACUGUGACUGAAAUGCAUGCUACUUGUUAAAGAGAAAAAGUGUUAUUAAUCUCCACUAUAACAUAUGUGAAGUGUGCAGUAUUCUAUCCUUAGAGAGUCAUCGGUUCAUCAGUAUCUGCAUGUGUCCUCUGAAUAAUGAAGCAACAUUUCAGCAAUUCUGUUAACCAUGCCAUUUAGAAGUGCUGCGUCAUGGUGGAAACCUAGUACUUUAAUAGCUUUCUGUGAUACUUAUUAGAGCAUUAAAAGUACACCAGAUUAGUACAGUAUAUAGUCCUUUAAGACCAGAAUGUUGGUUGCAUCAUCAUUAAGCAAUCCAUCCUAUCAUAUCCUUUCUUAUUUAUUUAAGAGUUGAAUCUUCUGUUUUUAAUAUCUGUACCAUUCUUAUUAUGGUAGCCACUUUUCUCUUUGUUAAAUUUCUCCUUUUAAAAUUCUCCCCCAAAAUUAAUUUCAAAUACACUCUUGUAUGCAGUGUUCAUAAGACCAUUCAUUCAACACGAAUUUAUCUAAGCCUACUUACUAGUGCUGCUACAAUUAAUCAAUACACAUUCCAGAAUUUCCAUGACUUUUUAUUAGACCAGCCUCAUUGUCCCUAAGAUUUCCCUUUAUAGGUCUUAUGCACACUUCUUUUUUUUUUAGUUACUCCACCCUCACUCCAAAUGAGAACCUAAGAAAAGUCACAUUGGAGUCCAUUCACUAUCUCUCUGGCCAGUGUGUUAGCCUUCCAUAAGAUAAUGACCUCUUUGCAGCCCGCCUGAUUGUAUAAAGAAGAAAAACUCAGAUUUGAAGUUCUCCCAAAGGGAAGCAUUCUUCUACUCUGGUGGUUCUAGGAGACCGCUUCACUGUGCAUCAGCUUUAUAUACAUUGUGGAUAGAGGAUAUUUUUAUUCUGAAGUGUAAAACUUGGAUAAAAACAUUUUCUGCAGCGGUAACUGAUUAGAAAAAUUCCAACUGGAUGCCCUUAAAUGGAGGUGAGAAAACUGUAUCCUUGCCUUCUUCACAUGUGAAACAUUAACAAGCUGACAAAUUUAUUCUUUGUAGUAACUAAAAUAUACCUAAUCUAGGGACAAGAAGUGGCUGAGAAAAGUAUCACCAUAAAAUUCUGCUUUUGAAUUCAGGACAAGAUAGUCAAGGCAGCAUGCCUUUUUCUAAACCAUAUUCCUAAAUAGGGAACAUUUCUUUAAGAAAUGGAAGUGCUCUUAGACGUUUCAUUAUCUUUGGAUCAUAAAGUGAAGAAAAUAUUUCACGGUUGAAUUUACCUAAGUGGGCUGAUAACCAAUAUAUUAGGGAAACUUUUCACAUCUAAGUACUUUUAAAAACAGGAACAGAUAAGUGUGUCUAAAUUUAUUGAAAGAUGGGUUAUUUACGCUUCCCAGACCUCCAAAUGUAUUUUAAGACUACAAAUUAUCAAGAAAUAUACAAACAUCAAAAGUUUGCUUAACUAAAUGUCAUUGGGUAUCAAAUUAUGUGUUUAGUAGGUUACUGUGCUCUAACAGCUCAAGAAUGUGUUAAUGGAUCUGAAUUUAGCAGAGAGCAUGCCAUACUAAUUAUACUAUAGUUAAGAGUGUAGUGAACAAGUACUAUUUCAGCUGGAGGCUAUAUUACGGUUCUAAAUUAAUUUUUUAUACAUCAAAAAUCUAUGAUCAUGAUCUUUUUAUGAUCUCAAUUCUCAAAUUUAGCUCACUUUAGUCAUGUACUUCAUCAUUUGUCUCUUAAUGACAGCUUAAACUCAGAGUUUUAAGUGGCUCAGUAAAACAAAUAAUGGAAAUGGAGGGAGGGGUGUCCCAACUUAUUAGUGUUGUACAUAUUGAGGAAAACCUUUUUUUUUUCCCCUCCGAUUUAGAAAGGGAAAUUUAACCAUUUAUUUCUUGGUAUUCUGCUGCUGUGGAUAGGUUCACUUAUUCUUUUAACCUAUAUUGUAUGACUGUUGUACAAGUCUAGGUCCUGUUCUGUUGCACACUUAAUCUUUACCAGUAAAAUAAGCACCAACAAGUUAAUACUAGUUUGGCUGAAAGAAUGUUCUGCAGUAAAACUACUUAUAUGGGAAAGAGAUGACUUAGUUUAUUCAAUAUUUUUCUUUUGAAACAUCUCAUUACUAACUUAAAAUCAUUUCAUAAUCCCUUAUAGAUGAGCCAGUGAAAUUUUUUGAGCUCUAAGAAAAGCAUGAAAUCUAUAAGAUAAAUCUAAACAACGAGAGCACUUGUAACUUGUUUUGUAAAUUUCAUGCCUUAUUUUCCAUUUUGGACACCGUAAAGUGCAUUUUCUGUCGACUGUGAGCAAAUUUCCCUUUUGCCUUUAAUGAAAAUAGUGCAUUAAGUAGCCAAUUGCUGCAAAAUUAUAAAGCAAGUUAGCUAAAGGUGGAUCACAUUGGACUACCACUCAAAGAAACAAGAUGCAUAACAGAUGGAAGUCGUGUGGCUUUCGGGAGAGCGCACCUGUGCCAGAUGCAUGCCACUUUCAGUAGCUGCCAAAUGUGCCUUUAAUUAAGAACAUCUCUAAUUUUUUUCUUCAGAUCAAGUCAGCAUUUGGGGGUGGGAUCAGGGCAGGGGAUUUGGGGGUGCAAAUAUCUGGUGAAACCCACCAGAGAAGAAGCCUUUGUUGUCAAAGUGACAUGUAUAACUUCAGUUGAAACAUGUUUGUGUAUAUAUAUAUAUUUUAUAUAUAUAUGUAUAUAUAUGCAUAUAUAUAUAUACAUAUAUAUGUAUAUAUGUAUUUGCCUUUGUUUAGUAGCAUGGUUAUUUGCUAAAAUAAUUGUCCAAAAAAUUGCUCUGUCAGUCUUACUUUGAUGUAAAAACAAAGUUCGGUCUCCACAUCUAAUACAGCCUUUGUACCUAACCAUGUUCGUAGGUAAUUUUUGUACUCUGUGCAGCAGUACUCAGUUUGCAUUUAAAGUGAAAAUAAUGGCUGUUAUUUUUCUGGCAUUACUAAGAUAAACCGAAAAAUAAUAAAAAUGCCUUACAUAGCCCACAA